UAACACGUUUUGGGCUUUUUGUUGUGGAUAAAAACUAUAAAAAACAAAAAAUGAGAAAUCUUAAGUUGCUCCGCAGCCUGUGUGUGGACAGCUUCCGAGGUCUUCGAGGCAAAUCAAAGUGUAUAAGUGUGGACUAUGACACUGGAAAUAUCUUCUGUGCCAACGAGUCGUGCUUGGGUGGCUUUGAUCCAAAUACAGGAGAAACCGUUGCGUCUGUGUCAUUGGUUGAGGAAGGAUACAUUACCUAUGAUGAUGGGAAAUUCAGCACAGAAAUUGUGGCUAUUCAGCAUCUUCCCGACCAAUUCUCCCUUUGUGUUGCUUUGAGAAGUGGAGAUGUUCUCCUGUGGAAUGUUGCAUCGCAGGAAGUGGAAUGUGUUGGGAGUGUUGAAAGUGGUCUUCUGGCAAUGUCAUGGAGUCCAGACCAGGAAGUUGUCGUCCUUGUGACUGGCCAAAAUACUAUAAUUAUGAUGAACAGAGAAUUUGAUCCUAUAACAGAGGUGAAUCUACAUCCAGAAGAGUUUGGAGAAGCACAAUUUGUGACGGUUGGCUGGGGUAAAAAGGAGACCCAAUUUCAUGGUACUGAAGGGAAAGAGGCGGCCAAGAAGAAGAAAGAGGCUGUGAGCCUAGCGCUGCCAUGGGAUGAUGGGCUACCUCGUAUCAGCUGGCGGGGCGAUGGACAGUAUUUCGUGAUCAGUACUAUUAACCCGGAGGAUGGCGCCAGACAAUUGAGGGUGUGGACCAGGGAGUGUGUGCUUCAUUCAACCAGUGAGAAGACGGAUAGUUUGGAGCAAGCAAUGGAUUGGAAGCCUUCUGGAAGUCUAAUCGCCACAUCUCAGAGGAAGCCAAAUAAGCACGUGAUUGCAUUCUUUGAGAGGAAUGGUCUUCAGCAUGGGGAAUUCACUCUUCCAUUUCACAAAGAUGAAGUGAGGGUAAGAGAGCUGUACUGGAAUAAGGAGUCAACUGUGCUGCUAGUUUGGUGUGAGGAUUUACUGAAAGAUGAUGAUACUAAGACCCCCAAGUCUUAUGUACAAUUGUGGACCUGUGGUAAUUACCACUGGUACCUGAAGCAGAAUCUAGUGUUCAGUGAGGCAGACAUGCAAGUUUCCUGCAUCCAGUGGGACCCAGACCAUACAUAUGACCUGCAUGUGGUGUGUACCAAAGGUCGAUAUCUGCAGUAUAACUGGACUUUAACUACGGACUCUAGCCAUGGGAGGACUGCUGCUGAUUUAGCAACUGUUGCUGUUGUGGAUGGAGACAAACUGUUGUUGACCCCAUUCAGGAAGGCUGUGGUGCCGCCGCCAAUGUGUGCAGUAGAAUGGCAGUUACCGACAGCAGUAGAUGAGGUUGCAUUUGCCUCCGUCGGUAAUACUAACAGAUUGGCUGCCAUAUUGAAUGAUGGAAGGAUGGCAUUUUAUGAAAUGACAGGGUCGAAAAGUGUGCAACAGGAGUAUAGUUGUGAAGAUAAAGACAUCUUCUGUAUUCAAUCUACAAGCAGAUAUCCCCUGAUGUACAACCACUUCACCUGGGUCGGCGAGGACACCUUCAUAUUUGUGGGGCAAAAAAGUCCAUUUGAUUUUACGUCCGUGAUCUAUCGAGGACAGAUCGACAAAAGUUCUCAGAGUCAAGCUGUGAUGAAAAGAGCUGUCGCCGACGUGGAAGGGUUUGUGUACGGAAUCUGUUUGUGUCCAGAAACCGGAAACAUCCUUGUCCAGCUAAAAGACGGCAUCCUCUUGAAGUAUGAAUACGAUGAAGAGGAAGAAGAAGCUCAGGUUUUGCCGUGGCAGACGUCAUCUGGUCUGGAGAUUGGAUUACCACAGACGUGUAAUCACAUCGCCGUGUGCACAAUUGGAGACGAGGAAGUGGUGCUUGGCCUGACAGAGCGGUACAGAUUCUACGUGAAUGGCAUGGAGGUGGCAUCCAACUGUACAUCAUUCGCUGUGCACGAUGAAUUCCUCUUGUUGGCAACGCAUGCCCAUACAUGUCGCUGUAUUCACAGGACUACAAAAGUCAGAGAUUUACCCACUUUGUCCGAUGGCAAGGAGCAUCCAUAUGAUGAGAGUAUUAGGCGAGUGGAGAGGGGAUCAAGGAUUGUCUGCAUUGUCCCUGAGGACACUAAGCUAGUCCUACAGAUGCCUCGUGGCAACCUAGAGACGAUUCAUCCCAGGGCGUUGGUGCUUGCUACAGUACGGAAAUAUUUAGACAGACUGCAGUUCAAGGAGGCGUUCACUUUGAUGAAGAAGCACCGCAUCAACAUGAACCUCAUAUAUGACCACAACCCACAAGUCUUCCUCGAAAAUACAUCUCUCUUCAUCGAACAAGUUGAUGCAGUGAAUAAUAUCAACCUGUUCCUCACAGGUCUGCAGGAAGAUGAUGUGACCAAUACCAUGUACACUUGGGCUUAUAAGGAAGAUGAACUGGUGCGCAAGAAGAAUGCUGGAGGGAAAGUGGAUAAGAUAUGUGAUACUGUCCGGGAGACGCUGGUGACCAUAGACAAGGACAAGUUCCUGCUCUCAAUACUAACUGCCCACGUGAAGAAGACUGAGCCAGAGAUGGACAGAGCUUUACAGAGAAUAAAGGAUCUUAGAGAUUCUGGUGGUCGUAAUGUUAAGGGAGUGACAGCUGAUGAGGCCAUUCGUUAUCUCUUGUACCUGGUAGAUGUCAAUGAACUCUAUGAUGUUGCGCUGGGAACGUAUGAUUUUGAACUUGUGCUGAUGGUGGCAGAGAAAUCGCAAAAGGAUCCAAAAGAGUACCUUCCAUUCCUUAAUGAACUGAGGGCACUCGAGCCUGAUUACCAACACUAUGUUAUUGAUAAACACUUGAAGAGGUAUAGCAAGGCUUUGAGGGACAUUGCAAAAUGUGGCAAGGCUCAAUUCUCUGAAUGUCUCGAACUUGUACAGGAGCACAAACUCUAUUCUGAAGCAUUAGGUCUCUACCCACUGGAAUCUCAAGAAUACAAGGACAUUGCAGUGGUGUAUGGUGAACACCUUUCGGGUAGUCACCACUAUGACGAGGCUGGCCUCGUGUUCUGGAAGGCAGAGGAAUGGGAGUGUGCACUUGAAGCGUUUAAGAAAAACAAGAGCUGGAGGCAGUGUUUCUGCAUGGCUAUGAGGAUGAAUUACGGACCGGAGAAGAUGAGUGAAUUGGCAAGGAAUCUAGCUGACACAUUGAAAGGUUCUCACAGACACAUUGAAGCUGCUUGCAUCCUUGAGGACUACGCUAAGGAUCCUGAAGAAUCCAUUGUGACUCUCAUUGAAGGUUGCUGCUGGGAGGAGGCCCUGAGAUUGAUACACAAACACAAUCGUCUGGACUUUAUAGAAAGUGACUUGAAGGCAGCUCUUGUGGAGAGUUGCGAGUCUUACGAGCAGUUACUGUCAGGAUUAGAAACAGAUUUUGACAAAUACAGGGCGAGGCUUGCAGUUGUUAGAGCACAAAAGGAGAGGGAGAGGUUGGAAAUACUAGAAGGAGGAGGCAAUUUCAAUGAUGCUGAUGCAGACUUGUUCUCGGACAUCAGCAGUGCAACUGGGCAGAGUGUCAGCUCAUUCAGGAGUAGCAGUCAGGGAUCGACCUAUUCUAGGUCAUCUGGGCGAUCUUCGAAGAACCGACGGAAGGCAGCGGCAAAGAAAUGGAGUCUGAAAGAGGGCAGCAACUAUGAGGACCUAGCUCUUAUCGAUGCUUUGGCUAAAUGUAUCAACAAAGUAGAGCAAACAAAGGAUGAGGUCGGCUCUCUCCUGAAGACCCUAGUUCUGUUUGACUACAACAACGAGGCCAAAGCACUGCAAACUAACCUGAUGACCAUCGCAAAGACAAUGGCACAGGCUUUACCUGAGAUAUGGGUGCCAGAGGAUGAGGAGGAAAUGGAAAUUGGGCCGCACUCGACAGCCAAUUCUCUGGCCACGGCUGCACAGCAGGGAAAACAAGUUAUACGGUCACAACUUGAGAAAGAUCCGGUUUUGAAGAUUGCGCCAGUGAUAAAGAAAGAUAAAGGAUGGACCAUGCAGUCUCUUUCUGGGAAUGGUUGACGUGUUUGAGGACCACUUGUGAAGGAAAUGGUGGAUUUGUUAAAAAACAAGAAGAGGAUUUCACACCAAUCCAGAAUUGGUCAUACAAUGUGCUCAGUGGUGAAAUUAAACUGUGUUUGGUGACCCUUGAAGUGAAAACUUCAAUGGCAUGGUGCUCCUCCCUGAAAAUGCGGUUGAUAUUCUGUCUAUGAAUAAAAAUAAAA